UUUUGGUAAUCAUAUAAAUAUACAUUAAGGGUAUAUUAUACUCAUAAAGUUAGGAUAUAACAACAAUAAAAUAUAGGACAGAUAGAUAGAUUCUUACUAACUUACCUACCCUUUAUUUUUUUAAAAAAAGGCAUACCAAACAAUUGCAAAUAUAUUUACUAAAUUACAUUCUUAAUAGAAACUUUAUUAUUUAUGAAGCCCAAUCGCGAAGCAGUUCGAAACAUUAGAGUGUUGUCUUAAACAUCUGGAAAUUAGGAUCUUAAUAGGCAAUCAUUGACUAAUCAUCCAAAUUAAAAUAAUAACAGCAUGAAUAUAGUUAGUAACAACAUUAAUACUAGUUAGCAAAAUAAUAGUAGCUUUGCUCAUACUAGUGGUGAUGCUUCAACAUCCAUAAAUACAAGACCAAAUAACUCUAGUUCUGUCAAUAAAAGCAAUGCUGCCCCUCAUUCAUAAUAAAAUUAGCUAAACUAUACUAAUGGAUUCUCUGCCGCAGCUGAUAACCCAAACAAGACUUAAACUUCUUUGUCUCCUUUUAGCAAUAAGAAUACUAGAGUCUUGAAGGAGACUGCUAAUAACAACUAAGGCAGUCAAAACACUAAUCCUAUACACUUGAUAAAUAGCACAGGAGGUAUCUCUUUUUUAAAUGGAUAACCUUAACUGUAGCAAUAGCAACAAAGUUUACUAUCUGAACAGAUGAAAAAGCUCAAAGAAGAUUUGCAGCGUAAAGAAAGAAUUAAAAAAAUGCAACAAGAAAAGCUAGCUGGAAGUAUCGUUGUAGGAUAAUAAAUGUAGCAAAAUACAAGCGGUAAUAAGUAGACUAUUUAACAAUCUUAGCAGUAAUAACAGAGAAAUUCUCAUCAACAUAUUUAACAGAUUAUUUAGCAUUAGCAACAACAACUCUAACAAUAAUAGCAGCCACCUCCAAAGUAAGAUUUUAGGAAAGAGAUUGAAAGAAGAUUUUAAAGAUCAAAUGUCAAUAAAACAUUUAUUUUUCCUCGAAAAAAAAGAAAUGGGAAUUUAAAUACCAUAUCUGGUGGAGAACCUGUUGAAAGUAAUAAUAGUUCUAGUGAUUCUUCUUUAGAUAGCAUAAAAGACGUUACUGUAUAUGAUCUAAGGUCGUAAAAUAAUAAAAUUAAUAGUUUAAGAAGAGUUUAACGUAGCACUACAGAUCAUUCUCUAGGAGGUACAAGGCCUUUAGUUUCAGACAGUCCUGAAAUUAAAAAUACUUAAAACUAAAACAAUAUCAAUAACCAAUCAAUUAGUUAGUUUAAUAAAAAUAGUUAUAAGCAGCAACAGACAAUAAGCAGCUCAUCUCAACAAGUGAAAACAGAAGGUGAUGAAUAGCAGUAAUCUUAAAGUAAUAACUAUGCUAGGACUCACUCAUCUAUUUCUAAGCCAGUUUCUAUGAUUACCUAAUAGCAUUAAUAACAAGCAAUAUUAAACAGAGAAAAUUAAUAAUUUUCUUCUCUUAACUAAAAAUUACUUGGAAGUGUGUUAGUGGGUUAAUAAUUGUAAAAAAAUGAUUCAUCUGUUCAGCAACCAUUUUCUUAGACGAAUGGAUUUUUAUCCAAUUCAAAUACAAAACCUAUGAAGAGAGGAGAAAUUGCAAAAAGUGCUAAUAAAUCAUAUGAUCAUAAAAUUUAAAAUGCUUCUACAACAUUCACAACAAUUUAAUCCAAGAGCAGUAAUUCUCGUAGACCUUAGUAGUCCUAGGGAUUUGAUAACACCAAAGAUUACUAAGAGAGCAUAACAAAUCCAAGGUAUGCAACAGAAUUUUCUCCUGAAAAGAAAUCAAACAUAUCUGAUUUUCUAAAUAAUGUAUCAAUAUAAAAUAAUCAAUCUAGCAUAAACUAUGAUUCUUACAACAGGUAACAUAGUAAAAGCUAAAGUGGAAAUAAAAUUAACAAUGCACAAGUUGUAUUUAACAAGAACUAAGUGUCACUGUCGAAAAAUGGUGCCAGGAAUACAUAAAAUAAUAUGAGGAUUUUCUAAAUGAAAAACGAUUAACUUUAAAAAAUAUAUAAAUCUAAUAUUAAAAGAAACGAAUAUCAGUAAAAUAAUCUCUCAUAAGAUAACUAUUCUGCUAUGAGAGUACAAACAGAAGGAUCUGAGCCUUAAAAUAAAAAUAAUAUUUACAAUAAAUAAGAAUUAUACAAGAAAUUCAAAGUAAGCUAGGUACCAUAAUAAAAUAACUUAAUAAAUUCAAAUGUGUUCUCCUCAUAAUAAUAGUAAAUGUUUAAUUAAAAUAAUAUCUCUUUUAAGAAAUAAAAACUUCCAGUUCUCUAAUAAUGA